UGGAGAAAUCAAAGCGUCUUUACCAGCAACAAUAGUUCCGGCUGCUGAAGACGUCGUAGAUAAGCUCGAAUCACUCAUCGUAAAAGAAUAUCGUCCACAAAAUUUUAUGAUCUUAGCUCUGAUAUCAUGCUAAGAAGUUGUAAACGUUUGUCUCUUAUUGAUGAACAUACAAUCGAGUAUUUAUACAUACGAUAGCCAUAUCGUAUCAUCCAAAAAUAUAGGCAAUAACAACAAGCGUAACUGAUAUCGAAACUUAUCUACUAGUCUUCUAUCAUUAUCCUAAUACUUGACAAUAUUAAAGACUACAAUAGAUUUGAAUAAACCAACGACCAUUGUCAGUUAAAUCUUUGAGAGUAGAUUAUGAUACAAGCAAACCUUCUGGACUCCUAAUUGCUGUUGGACCAAAACGAUGCUGGGCUUAACUCAUUCAUAAUAAAAUAAAUAUCAUAUUAAACCAAUUAAAAAUUUCUUCAUUUUUUUCUUCUUUUAGCUACGGUUAUUACACAACUCUUUUGAGCAUCUUGGACAGGACAGGCGUUAACCACACAAAGUUAUUUUUUCCCAGUUACAGAAUCAUUAAUAAGCCUGGGGGUUCAUUAAACGUUAAGCAACGUCGAAGAGUCCAAAAAUAAAGACAAGUAAAUGAUUAUUAAUUAAGCAUGGUUUUGUUAAUCAUAUAAUAUGUGGUCCGUAGCUAAUCCCCUAUAGAAUGGGCCAACAAUGUGUCUUAAAAGAAGACGCCAUAGAGAGACAAAAGCCACAUAAUGAGAUCUUUGUCUUGAAUUUUGCUUGAGUUUAUUGCACUUUAUUUUUCUUUAUACGGAAUGUGUAUGUUUCCCUGAAUAAUAAGUAUCAUUUAUCUUGGGCAAGCAAAUUAGUUAUUGGCUGGCACAAAAAUUACAGUUAUGAAUACAAAUAAAUGUAGUUAUAGUGUGUGUUUAGUUUAUGUUGAAAUGGGUCAAAAUUCUGGGUCGGUAUCAACCAAGACUUCCAGGGUGUCUUGUGGUUUGUUCUAGAUUCUUGCAUUUUAUCUCUUGAGUCGUUUGUUUGUGUUUCCUCUUUGUCUCUGGAAGAUGGUAUUUAGUUCUUGCCAGCUAUAGUCUCCGGGAGUAAUGGUUACUCACCGGCUUAGGGUAACAAACUUGUAGUUCCUUUAGUGUUAAAAAGCGAUUAUAUGAGUUAUUCAAUUGAUUUCUAUAUCUUUUUACUAAAUAAAACAAAUAUAAUUAUUUUUAACACAUAAUUAUUGUUGUUAUUAUUAUUAUUAUUAGUAUUAUUAUUAUUAUUAUUAUUACAAUACUAUCAUCAUCCAUAAACACUACUCCAUCUGUAUCAAAAUAAGUGAUUUUUAAGGUUUUUACACACUAAUUAAGAAAUUACAAAUUUUUAUUCAAUCUUUCUCGUUUGUCUAAAAACAACAAUAAAUACAUAUAAAUCAACCAAUAAAAAAUCAUACUGCAGAAUAUAAAUAGUCAAAAACAUAAAAUUGCAUUUACUUUUUACAUGAAAACUUGAAAACAUCACUUAAAAUGAAACAAAAAUUUUCUCUUAAAACAUCACUUAAAAUGAUACGGAGGGAGUAAUAAGUUUUGCAGAAAAUGUUAAUAGAUUAAAGAGGUUGAAUUGAAAUAUAUUAAAUAAAAAUACACAGAUAGAUUAUUCCAAAAUACUAAACAACACUAAACUAAUAAGUAGAACAUGUCUCAGUCUAGAGUCCAGACCACAAAAAAAAUCUAAAUCUUAAUUAAUAUAUGAACUAAAGAUUCCAUUUGCAUAUGAUACCAGUUAGAUUACGAAUAGAGAUUUGUUUUCUCUUCUUCUUUUGGUUGUCUUUGUAUACUUUUAUAUAAGCUUUUGCAUAAAGUCAUUGCUGCUUUCUGCUGAUAACUAAUAGUUUCGCAGACCGUGUGAGAACCUUCAGAGUUCAAAGAGAGUAUGUGUCUUUGACCUUUACAAUUCUAAAAAAAAAUCAUCAAACACCAUCACUUUAAUAGAUUAUCAAAAUAAAUAAAUAUUUCUAUUUACUUAUAUGAACAAUAAACAAAGUUAUACGAAACAAGAAGAGAUAGAUAAUGCCUCGUGACUAAAAAUCUAAAAGAGAGGAACAUGUGGGAUCGUUUAGGGAUCCAAAACACCUUAAAGAGUUUAGACAAUAUCAUGACACGAACACUACAUCACUUGGAUCUCAUUCUUUGAUUGUCCCCACAAGAAGUCAAACACUGAGCUGGCAAGUCUCUGACUGCCGUACCCAUGUCGCCACGUGCCCCGCUUCAAACUCCUUAUAUAAACACAAGUUAAAACUAAUAAACACAUUCACUUACACACAAGUACACCGUUUUGCAUAUGGAGGACGACCAGAGAACUACCCCAAACUCCGGCGAAAAAAGCCCGGAUACAUCGCCGGAGAUGUCAUCCUCCGACUUCGAGUUUGGAUCUUUGACUCCUUCUUCCCCUUCCCAUUCAGAACAUUCUCCCGCCGAUCACCUUUUUCUCAACGGCCGUCUAUUACCACACACUUUUCCGAUGACCCGUUCGGCGUCACGUACGACCAGCGAAAACACAUUCCGGAGCGACAGCACGAGCAGCCGGAGUAGUGUUAGCAGUAGCCCGACAUCUUUUACUCCAAGAACAAGCACUUGCAGUGUCUUCAAAGAAGAAACUAACGUAACUUGUUUUGGUUCUCGGUCUGAGAAGACUAGGAGCGUAAAGUCAGGGACUUGCGGCAUGAGAAACAUGUCAUCCUCAAUAUUGGAUUUAAAGAAGCCACCAUCGAACAAUGGUAAAAGAGUAUAUACUACGACGACGAAUAGGCUUUCAUAUAUCCCCACGCAGUGCAAGAGAAAGAAGGCGACGGAGAUAGUGACGGCGCAGCUUUACGGGUCGUAUACGAGGCGGUGGCAGCAUAUAACUCCGGUGUUUAAAAGAGAAGGGUCGGUGAAAAGUAACGGAGGAGGGAUUAAGGUUGGUGGAAGGAAGAAAAAGACGGUGAGGGGGAAGAAGAAGAAGAAGGCGGAGGAGAGAAGAGGAAGUAAGUUAAUGAAGUGGUGGAAGAGGGUUUUAAAGGCGGUGAUGUUGGCUUGCAGAGAGUGUCAUGCAAUGGAGCCUCAACGAGUUGUUAAUUAUGAUGCUGAUGUAAAAGAGAAAAUAACUAAAUGUUCAUAAAGAAUUGCAUUGUGUGUGUUUUGUUUUUACCUAUUUGCUUAAAACAAUUUCCCAAUAAAAAAUAAACUAAGAGGAAAUUAAAAAAUAAUACCAAAUAGGUGCGAGCCGGCACAGUUUAUGCGGAGUGUGCGAACUAAUAAGACCAUGAUUAA